CUGUGUGUUGGAUACUGAGUGUGUUUAUUGGAAGCAUUUCCCUCUGAUUUCCAGACUGAGUUUUGUUGAUGGCUCAUUCCUGAAUAGGAGAAGAAGGAUUGCCCUGUACUACACCAGAAAAUACAGAGAGGAUAGACACUAUAGAUAGAUCCUGACCAUCACCCAAGGAACAUCUGCACAACUGCGGGAAGUCAUCAAGUCCCUUCACAGUAUUGCUCAAUCCAGAAAAGGUCGGACAGGGAAACUAUCAUCUGGAAAUCAAUCGGGUCAGGAGAGUUUUGACAUAUCAUCCAAUCUCCGUGUACAUCAACGCAUUCACACAGGAGAGAAACCAUUCACAUGUGAGGUGUGUGACAAAUCAUUCACAGACUCAUCGACCCUCUGCCAACACCAAUGUAUCCACACAGGGGAGAAAUUAUUCCCAUGUCAGGUGUGUGAGAAAUCAUUCUCAUCGUCAUCGACCCUCCAGGCACAUAAACUGGUCACUGGCCUUCCAUCAGAUCCAGUCUUUCUGAAGGUUCAGCUGUGGGUGAUCAGUGAGGGUGAGGCUAGGAAGAAGUGUGAGUGGGUUCCAAGUGUGGUGAGAGCUUCAAUCAUUCAUUGAGCCUCGUGAACCAUUGACUCAUUCAUACUGAUGAGAGACUGUUCAAGUGUGAGUUGUGUGAGGCUCAUAAGAUCUCCUAAAACACAAGGUAUUUCUGUUAUCUGAAUGUUAACUUAUUCGGGUCACUUCAUGGAGGUUGAACAAUUCAUGUGUGAGGUGUGCGGCCAAGCUUUCCAACACAAAUCAAUACUCAUGACUCAUAGAUACAUUCACUUUAUGCAGAAGCCAUUCAAGUGUAAGGUGUGUGAUCAAAGUUUUGCACAUUCAUCAGGCCUGGUGAAUCACCAGCGUACCCACACUGGGGAGAGACCAUUCACAUGCACUGUGUGUGACAAAUCCUUCUCACGGAAAUCGAGGCUGCUGCUGCAUCACAGGAUUCACACUGGCGAGAAACCAUAUACCUGUGAGGUGUGUGCCCAAUCAUUUACGGAACCAUCAAACCUCCGCUCACACCAACGUGUUCACACGGGAGAGAAGCCGUACAGAUGUGAGGUGUGCAACAAACUAUUUUCACAAUCAUCGACACUUCUGCUCCAUCGCAGGAUUCAUACCGGAGAGAAACCAUACACCUGUCAGAUGUGCAACAAACCAUUUGCAGACCCUUCUAAUCUCCGUGCACAUCAACGCAUUCACACAGGUGAGAAGCCCUUCAAAUGUGAAGUGUGUAACCAGGGAUUUGCACAAUCAUCAGGCCUGGUGAAACAUCGCCGCAUUCACACUGGAGAGAAACCAUUCACGUGUGACGUGUGUCACAAAUCAUUCUCGCAGUCGUCGACCUUCCUUGAACACCAAUAUAUUCACACUGGGGAGAAACCAUUCACAUGUAAAGUUUGCAUGAAAUCAUUCACGUCAUCAUCCACUCUUCGUGUACAUCAACGCAUUCACACAGGAGAGAAACCAUUCACUUGUGAGGUGUGUGACAAAUCAUUCACAGACUCAUCAACCCUCCGCAAACACCAACGUAUCCACACAGGGGAGAAACCAUUCCUAUGCCAAGUGUGUGAGAAAGCAUUCUCAUCCUCAUCAACCCUCCAGGCACAUAAACACGUUCACACCGGGGAGAAACCAUUUAUGUGCAAAGUGUGUGAGAAAUCAUUCUCACAGUCAUCGAACCUUCGUACUCACCAACGUAUUCACACAGGGGAGAAACCUUUCAGAUGUGUGAUGUGUGAUGAGUCAUUCUCAAGGUCAUCUGUCCUUCUUGUACAUCAGAGGAUUCACACAGGGGAGAGACCAUUUAUAUGUGACGUUUGUAACAAAUCAUUCCUGACAUCAUCAGACCUCCUUCUCCAUCAGAGGAUUCACACAGGGGAGAAACCAUUCACUUGUCAAGUGUGCAGUAAGUCAUUCUCGAGAUCAUCAAAUCUCUUGCUCCAUCAGAGAAUUCACACGGGGGAGAAACCAUUCACAUGUGAGGUGUGUGGCAAAUCAUUCUCAAGGUCAUCAAUUCUCCUAGUCCAUCAGAGGAUUCAUACGGGGGAGAAACCAUUCAACUGUGAAUUAUGCGAUAAAUCUUUCACACAGUCAUCUACCCUCCUUGUACAUCAACACAUUCACACAGGUGAGAAACCAUUCAUGUGUGAGGUAUGUGAGAAAUCAUUUUCAUCAUCAUCAGAUUUAUGCAAACACCAACGUAUUCACACAGGAGAGAAACCGUUUAAGUGUGAAAUGUGUGACAAGUCUUUCCCAGAUUCAUCAAAUCUCCGCAGACAUCAACGCAUUCACACUGCGAAGGAACUAUUCAGGUGUGAAGUAUGUGACAUGGCUUUCACCCAAUCAGCAUAUCUCCUGGUCCAUCUGUGCACUCACACAAGAGAAACCCCAUCAAUGUAAAUUCUGCAAUAAAUGCUUUUAUGCAAUUCUUGGAUCUCCAGGAUCAUCAUGGAAACUACAUGGCCAACUUCUUGCUCAGUCUGCCCUCAGAAUGUGAAUCUGUACCCAGUCUCACUGUGCAGGGUGUUCAGUGGGAGUGGGAUACAGAACAAGAAGCAGCUUUCACUCCCAUCAAACAACUAGUGAUGACAUCACCAGUGCUGAGGGAUUGUGAUGUCAACAAUGCAGUCACCCUGCAGUGUGAUGUCAGUGAAACAGGACUUGGAGUAACCCCCAUGCAGUGAGGACAACCCGUUAUGUUUGUCUCCAGAGUGUGAACACAAACUGAACAACACUAAACAGAUGGAGAAAGAUGGAUGAGAUAUAUCUCCAUCCUCCUGGUUCUCACCUUCCACCCCACCAACCUCCAGAUACAUCAUAUUUCCGCCAUUUCUGCCACCUAUAUACUGACCCCACCACCAGAGAUAUAUUUCCAUCUCCACCCCUAUCUGCUUUCCGGAGAGACCAUUCACUCCGCAACUCCCUUCUUAGGUCCACGCCUCCCACCAACCCACCCUCCACUCUUGGCACCUUCCCCUGCCACUGCAAGAAGUGUAAAACCUGUGCCCACACCU